GACUCGGACCAGAUAUCAUCUUGGUAAUCGCUAGCAUCGUGAGGUCUCUACUCCUCGCUGUCAGCAGGCCUCUGCGCCUCGGAUUCAGCACUUCAAAUCGUCGUCCACAACGGUCUGCAUUGCAGAUAUCACGCAAGAAAAGCACCAUGUCAGACGCUGGUGGCUCCGAGUCCAUCACGGUGCCCGAAGGGUUCACGCUCCACACAGAAAACACGUCUCACAUCCUGAUUUCAUCGAAGGAGGAGGCAUUUCUGAAUCCAGUUCAGGAAUUCAAUCGGGAUCUCAGCGUCGCGUGUAUCAGAGUAUGGAGCGAAGAGCUAAAUAGAGAGAAGGAAGCAAAGUGGAUGCGGUCUCAGGAGAGACGAGCGAAACGGGAGGGGGGAGGAGAAGCGGAGACGGGCCAGCAGAAAGAGCAGAAGAAGGCAAAAACGGCAUCUACUGAGCCGAGCAAUGGUCCGGGUGAUGAUUUACCUGGAGAUGUUCCUACCGCUGGAAGUACCUCAGAAGGCAACAAACGAGAGUACCGACCCCAUAGGUUCGUGCUACUGGAAGCAUUGUCGGCAACUGGUCUUCGGUCUAUCCGCUAUGCAAAAGAGAUUCCCCUUGUGAGAUUCGUCAUUGCAAAUGACCUGUCUGCAUCUGCCACGGCCGCCAUGAAGAGAAAUGUAGAACUCAAUGGUCUUGGACCCUCAUCUCUUGAUCCAGCUGACAGUGCGUCGUCGUCCGUGGUAUCGGAGCACCAGCACCUCCCUAAUCGCGGGAAGGUGAGAAUUAACGAGGGCGAUGCAUGUGCACUCAUGUACAACCAUCGCACAGAGAAGACACGUGUCGAUGUUGUCGACCUCGAUCCAUAUGGCACUGCUGCUCCUUUUAUUGAUGGAGCCGUUCAGUGCGUCAACGACGGAGGACUCUUGUGUGUCACAUGCACAGACCUGUCAGUCUUGGCGACGACAAAUUACCAUGAGAAGUGUUUCUCAAAUUACGGUGGUAUUCCUGUCAAAGCGGAAUACUGCCACGAGGCAGCUCUCAGACUCGUGUUAAACACACUGUCGACUUCCGCAGGCCGAUACGGAAGAUACAUUGAGCCGCUUCUAUGUCUGUCUAUCGAUUUUUACGUUCGCCUCUUCGUACGCGUUCACUCUGCGCCCAUAGAAGUAAAAAAGACUGCUAGCAAAACAGCAAUGUAUUACAUAUGCCAAGGUUGCCAGUCAUUUUACGAGCAGCCGUUGGGCCGGACCGUGGAAAAAGUUCACGAACGAUCAGGUAAUGUAAACCUCCAGUUCAAGACUCAAGCCGGUCCUCCUGUCCCACAAAAAUGCACAGAGUGUGGUUCCACGUUGCAUGUUGCUGGCCCAAUGUGGUCCGGUUCAUUACACAACAACAGUUUCAUUUCACAAGUGCUUGAGCACUUGGAGAACAACCAAGAUAAAUAUAGUACAGCGGUCCGCAUGAAAGGGAUGCUGACAGUGGCCAAUGAGGAGUUACACGUCCCAUUCUACUUUACCCCAUCCCGAAUAGCUGGCUUCUUCCACUCAGUUUGUCCCCCUUUGGAUGAUGUGGCGUACGUCGUUAUCUCUGAGAUUGAAAACACCCAUGCACAUGCGCUGAAACAUCAUUUUAGGUCUGCUCUUCUCAACGCCGGUCACACCGUAUCGCGUUCACAUGCUUUACCAGGCUCUUUGAAGACUGGCGCAACACGUCAAGAUGUGCAUGAUGUCUUUAGGUCUUGGGUGAAGAAGCACCCCGUGAGAAUGGACAAGGUAUCUGAAACCUCUCUCGCGAGGCAAUUACUCGCAAAGGAAGCAAGGACGGAGGCCAAUUUCACCAGACACCCUCGAUCAGUCACGCAAGCGUCAAAAGUAAAACUAGUCCGCUACCAGCAGAACCCAGCUCCCAAUUGGGGCCCCGGUACGAAAGCAGACUCCGGUACGAAACGUAAACGCGAAGAGGAAAAUGAAUAGCGUAAAAAUCUAGCCUGUACCCAUCGGUACAGCAAAUAUGCAUUGUAACAAGGUACAU